AUGUGCAGCUACGCCGAACAGAACGUCAGCAACCGCGACGGCAUGUGCUGGUGCUUCGAGGAGAUCAGCCUCAUGAUUUUGGUCCAACGGAUCCUGAUGUACCUGUGGUAUCGGCUACUGCUGAAAAUGUUCCCUCGGUUAAGUGUGAUGCCGGGCUGCCACGACUGCACCGGACCACGGCGUAGUCUUCCCUGUGGCCAGCUUGCGGAUCAGUACUGGAAAGCGUCGUACUUUUCCCGAACGCUACAGCAAACGGCAGGACGUCGUUGCUGCGAUGUGAAAGCACACCAUCAGGCACCAUUCUCUACCGUCGGCUUUUGUAAUCACCAACCGAUCGAACCGGCAUGCGUUAUCGAAGAGCUUGCCGAGCUGGACGAGCAGGAACAGUUCAUGAUGAACAGCAGCGACAUCAGCCAGCUCUAUCAAAGCACCUUCCUGGAGGAAGACUACGACGAAUGCUUCCUCUCGGAGGACAUUGUCUGGGAUGCACCGGUGCCGGAGCUAAAGCGGAAACCCCUCCAGGAGUACAGCGAACCUGCACUACUGCUGAACGACUACUACAUCGACGACGAUCUGGACGAUCAUCUGUACGCGGCCGAGUUCCAGUCGGCGAUCGGCAACAGUUUGUUCUGCGAUACGCUGCUCGACUAG